AUGGCUAAUUUAUCAUCUUUGACAACCCUCUACCUCAGGGACUAUCACCUGUUUGGUGAAUUUCCAGUGAGAAUUUUCCAACUGCCAAACCUAGAAUCUCUUAGUGUGAGAUACAACCAAGAUCUGACUGGAUAUUUUCCUGAAUUUAAUCAAAGCAGUCCUCUCAUCUUACUGAAAGUCGGCUUUACUGGCUUUUUUGGAACAAUACCCUCUUCAAUUCAAAACCUUCAUUCACUGCAAAACUUCGAUGUGGCUCAAUGCAAUUUUUCGGAAGGGUUGGUUCCAUCUUUUCUUGGGAAUCUUAGGCAGCUCACUUAUCUAGACAUUUCAGCCAAUAAAUUUGGAGGUCUAAUUCCUGAUUCCUUGGCAAACCUUACCCAACUGGCUACUUUUAGGAUUAGUACAAGUCGAUUAACCGGUCCAAUCCCAUCUUGGCUAGGCAACUUUAGCAAACUAGAGUACCUAGAUUUUGCUUUUAAUAGAUUAAAUGGUUCAGUUCCUGCGUCAUUUUCAAAUCUCACAAACCUUCAGAUCCUGUAUCUACAUUCGAAUACUCUGAGUGGUGCAGUAGAGUUUCAAAUGUUUCAAAAUCUACAAUCUCUUUACCAACUCGAAUUAAGCGGGAACGGUUUAGAACUUGUCACUCAAUCCAGAAUUUUGAAUUCAACAGUUAAACAGUUCACUGUUCUUGGAUUGAGUAAUUGCAACUUAGGAGAGUUUCCAUCCUUCUUACAAUAUCAGAAUGGGUUGACGCGUUUGGAAAUUGCUGGAAACAAAAUCCGAGGCCAAGUACCAAAAUGGAUGUGGAAUACAAGCUUAGAAACUUUGCUAUUGUUAGACAUUUCCAAUAACUUCAUUUCAGACCAACCUCCACUUGUCCUUCCUUGGGUGAAACUGUUAUGUCUAAGGUUUUCGUCCAACAUGUUUCAUGGAUCACUACCGAUACCUCCACCAACCAUGCGAGAAUAUGCAGCUGCAGACAACAACUUUACUGGAGAAAUCUCACCGUUGCUUUGCAAUAUGAAAAAUCUUCUGUCCCUUGACUUGUCGAAAAAUAACUUGAGUGGCAUGCUUCCUCAGUGUCUUGGAAACUUUAGUGAUCAUCUGACACUUCUACUUCUCGGAAACAACGCUUUUCACGGAAUUAUUCCUCAGACAUACAACAAAGGAAGCAGUUUGAGAAUGAUUGAUGUGAGUCAUAACAAGUUGCAGGGGCAGUUGCCGAGGUCAUUGGCCAAUUGUGUGAUGCUUGAGUAUCUUGUUUUGUCAAACAAUCGUUUCAAUGAUGUUUUUCCCAUUUGGUUGGGGACUCUUCUAGAGUUAAAACUUUUGGCAAUGCGCCAUAAUGGAUUCUACGGUGUGAUUGGAAAAUCUAGAAAGAAUGUCGAUUUCCCCAAGUUACGCAUUCUUGAUUUGGCUUACAAUGAUUUUACUGGAGCGGUUCCAUCUGUGUUUCUAGAUAUUACUGUAAACAAGUCAACAUAUAUGUACACACGUGUAGUUUAUGAUGUCGAUGGAUUCCCGGUUUGGAGCAAUGUUGAUUACCAACUCACAAUAGCAACAAAAGGUUUGGAGCAAUACUACCCAAAGAUCCGAGAAGAAUUUGCAUCCUUUGAUAUCUCAAGCAACAAAUUUGAAGGGAAAAUUCCAGAAUUCAUUGGGAACCUUAAGGAGCUUCGUUCGCUGAAUCUAUCCCACAACAUUCUCACUGGUUCUAUUCCAUCAUCCUUCGGAAACUUGACGAAGCUUGAAUCGUUGGACCUUUCACAAAACAUGCUCUCAGGACAGAUCCCCCAACAACUGAGUCGACUUACUUUUCUUGCCAAUUUCAAUGUGUCUCACAACAAUCUCACAGGUCUUAUACCACAAGGAACCCAACUUACUUCAUUGAAUAUCACUUCAUACGAGGGAAACCUAGGGUUGUGUGGAGAUCCAUUGCCAAAGAAAUGUGGAAAUCCUAAGGCCCCUCAACUUCCACCUUCAAUUGUAGACGAAGGUGAUUCUAGCUCAGCAGGAAUAUUUGAAUUUGAUUGGAAAAUUGUUUCGGCCGGAUGUGGAAGUGGGUUUGUAGUGGGAGUAAUUCUUGCAGAUGUUGUGAUUACAAGGAGGCCCGAUUUGUUUCUUAAGAUUGUUGGAAUGAUCAGACAAAUGAUAAGGAAAAUUUAG